CUGAAACAGGGUAAUUCGCAUAUUUAUUCAAUAUGGGUAUUGAUUUGGAGAAGGGUGGCCGUGUCAAGAAGCCAGGCCGUAAGGCUUUGGUUAGCCAGGACCCUUAUUUGCAGUUAUUGGUCAAUUCCUACAAGCUGUUGGCACGUAGAACACAAAGUAAAUUCAACCGUACGAUCUUGAAGCGUUUGAUUAUGCCUCGUCGCUUUAAGUGCCCAAUGUCCCUAUCGAAGCUUACUAAGCACAUGAAAGGCAGGGAGCACACUACUGCUGUUAUUGUUGGUACCAUCACAGAUGACAUUCGUGUGACUGAGGUACCCAAGUUGAGUGUUUGUGCUCUCCGUGUUACUGAGAAGGCACGUGCUCGUUUAUUGAAGGCCGGUGGUGAGAUUAUUACUUUUGACGAGUUGAUAUCUCGUGCUCCAACUGGAACUAACUGCACUCUUUUACGUGGUCCCACUAAGGCCCGUGAGGCUGAGAAGCACUUUGGUCGUGCUCCUGGUACUCCCGGAUCAUCCACUAAGCCUUACGUGCGCUCCAAGGGUCGCAAGUUCGAGAAGGCCCGUGGUCGCAGGAAGUCUUGUGGUUUCAAGGUUUAAUCGUAC